AUGGGGGCAAAUCAGUCAACCAUUAAAUCUUACGACUUAUCAAAUAAAGUUGUCAUAAUUACCGGUUCAACAGAUGGAAUUGGUAAAAGUUUAGCUCGCAUAGUUUCAUCAUACAAUCCAAAACGCUUAAUCCUACCAAUUCGUAAUCGUGAAAAAGGUGAACAACUCUUGGAAUACAUUCGAAAUUCUCAAAAUGUAAAGAUUGACUGUGUUGAACUAUGGGAUAUUGACUUUGCGGAUUUACAUAGUGUGAAGAGUUUUGCUGAUAAAUUUGUUAAAGAAGUUGGAGAAUUGCACUACUUAUGGAAUAAUGCUGGUAUUUUUAAUUUUAGUGUGAAGAUGACAAAAAAUAAUUUCGAACAACAAUUCCAAGUUAAUUUCCUUUCACAUUUUCUCUUAACUACCCUUCUAAUUCCGACUAUGAAGAACUCGGCAACACCUGAAUCUCCGUGUAAAAUAAAUUUUACAGGUUCUGAUAAUGAAAAUUUUGGAGAAAUAGAUUUGGAUGAUUUGAAGGGUGAAAAAUGUCCCGGUUUUUUUAAACUACAAGCUAACUCAAAAUUAAUGGAACAUAUUUAUUGUAAUGAACUUAAUCGUCGUUUACAAGGAUCAAAUGUCAUACCUUUAAUAUGCUUUCCAGGGUUCGUAAGUACAAAUGCGGGUGAUAUGCCUCAGUACUUACAGCCAUUAAAACGCUUUGCCAUGGCAUUCGGUUCAUCACCAGAUAUUGGCGCAAUCAAUAUCAUGUACCCCGUCUUAAAUGCAAACAUUAAUGAUGGUGGUAAGUCUUUUAGAAAGUGUGAAGAAAUUAGUUUUACCGGUCAAACUGCGGAUGAAGAAUUUGCAAAAAAAUUUUGGGAAAAAUGUGAAGAAUUAUUAAGAAAUUUCGAUCCAAACCUUUUGGAAUAA